AUGGAAAAAUAUGAGAACCUAGGAUUGGUUGGAGAAGGGAGCUAUGGAAUGGUGAUGAAGUGUAGGAAUAAAGAUAGUGGAAGAAUUGUGGCCAUCAAGAAGUUCUUAGAAAGUGAUGAUGAUAAAAUGGUUAAAAAAAUUGCCAUGAGAGAAAUCAAGUUACUAAAGCAACUAAGGCAUGAAAAUCUGGUGAAUUUGUUGGAAGUAUGUAAGAAAAAAAAGCGAUGGUACCUAGUCUUUGAAUUUGUUGACCAUACGGUUCUUGAUGACUUGGAGCUCUCUCCAAAUGGACUAGACUACCAACUAGUUCAAAAGUAUUUGUUUCAGGUUAUCAGUGGGAUUGGAUUUUGUCACAGUCACAAUAUUAUACACAGAGAUAUUAAGCCAGAGAACAUAUUAGUCUCCCAGUCUGGCGUUGUCAAGCUAUGUGAUUUUGGAUUUGCACGGACACUGGCAGCUCCUGGGGAGGUGUAUACUGAUUAUGUGGCAACGCGAUGGUAUAGAGCUCCAGAGCUGUUGGUUGGUGAUGUCAAGUAUGGCAAGGCUGUUGAUGUGUGGGCCAUUGGCUGUCUGGUAACUGAAAUGCUCAUGGGGGAGCCCCUCUUUCCUGGAGAUUCUGAUAUUGAUCAGUUAUAUCAUAUUAUGGUGUGUUUAGGGAAUCUAAUUCCAAGACAUCAGGAGCUGUUUUAUAAAAAUCCUGUGUUUGCUGGAGUGAGGUUGCCUGAAAUCAAAGAAACGGUACCUCUUGAAAGACGCUAUCCCAGACUCUCUGAAGUUGUGAUUGAUUUAGCAAAGAAAUGCUUACAUAUUGACCCAGACAAAAGGCCCUUCUGUGCUGAGCUCCUGCACCAUGAUUUCUUCCAUAUGGAUGGAUUUGCUGAGAGGUUUCCUCAGGAACUGCAGUUAAAAGUACAGAAAGAUUCCAGAAACAUUUCUUUAUCUAAAAAAUCUCAAAUCAGAAAGAAGGAAAAGGAAAAGGAUGAGUCUUUGGGUGAAGAGAGAAAAACACUUGUGGUACAGGAUACCAAUGCUGAUCCCCAAACUAAGGAUUCUAAAGUAUUUAAAAUAAAAGGAUCAAAAACAGAUGGAGAAAAAGUGGAAAAAGCUAGUCGAGCUUCAAAUGCCAGCUGUCUCAAUGACAAUGGGAUGAGCCCCGUCAAAAUAGUGUCUUCAACAAGCCUCCGAGAUUGCAGCAAUGGCAGCGUGGACCAAACAAGAAAUCCAGGCAUGGCAAUUCCCCCACUCAUACACAAUCUUUCUGCAACGGCUCCCACUAUUACUUCUGGAAUGGGAACUAUCUCAGGAAUUCAGAGUUACAGAGUGGAUGAGAAAACCAAGAAGUAUUGUAUUCCAUUUGUUAAACCAAAUAAACAUUCUCCACCAGGAGCUUAUAAUAUUAAUGUGACCACAUUGGUUGCUAGUGAAAAGAGCCUACUUCAGGCAAAUAAGAAAAGAAGGGAAUACUCAAAGACAGAUGUCCGUUUGCCUGAACUAAAUUAUAAUCAUCUCCCUGAACUAAAAGCCCUGGAAGGCAUCGCUCGGAAUUCCAGGCUAAUAAAGAAAGAGAACAAAAAUCUUUCAGAAUCCCGAAUUCCAUCUCUGGCCACAAUUGACUUGCACACCCCCAGUAUCGCAUUACAGCAGGUAUCAAAAUCUCCCCUGUCAGAUGAUUCAGAGGCUGAUUUGCCUUCCGUGGAACACCAGCAUUGA